ACCUGAUAAUGUGUUAUUCAAAGCAGUAUGUUAUGAUAUUUUUGAUGUCGUAAAUUUAUCGCGAAAUUUUGAGAGAACUGAUUACAGCCAUAACAGGAAGAUGGUUGUCCUGAGGAGCAAGAAAGUUACAGAUGAUGGAGCAGCAAACACUAGCAACUCAUUGUUGGACAGUGGUCAAGAGGUGCAUCUUGUUACUGGCGGGGGAGGAUUUGCAGGUUUCUGGCUUGGGCGCAGCCUUGCAGAGCAAGGUCACAAGGUCAUGCUUGUGGAUGUCAGGGAGCCCCUGUGGCCUUUGAAGCCCAACAUGGAGUUUUAUAAGUGCGACCUGACAGACCGUCUGAGUGUUACAGAACUAUUUGAAAGAAUUGACUGUGUCUACCAUAUGGCAUCGUACGGUAUGUCAGGGCGAGAACAGUUAGACCGACCGAGAAUUGAGGCUGUCAACAUUGGAGGGACAUCGAAUGUCAUUGCAGCCUGCAUAGAGAAGGAUGUGACUAGACUCGUAUAUACAAGCACUUACAACACAGUGUUCGGCGGGCAGACAAUCAAGAAUGGGGAUGAAAGCCUAGAGUUCCUUCCCUUGGAUCAGCACCCUGACCAUUACUCAAGAACAAAGAGCAUUGCGGAACAGAAAGUUUUGGCUUCCAACUUGACGCCCACUCAAAGCGGUAAAACACUGCGAACGUGUGCUCUCCGAUUGGCGGCUGUGUAUGGGCCAGGGGAGACCAGGCAUAUACCUCGAAUUGUGAACAACAUAGAACAGGGUUUAUUUUUCAUCAUCUACAAGAAAGAGAGUCUACAAGAUUUCCUCCAUGUUGAAAAUCUUGCGCAGGCUCACCGUAAAGCUGGCGAGGCAUUGACCGAGACGAAAGGCUAUGUCUCAGCUGGAAAAUCAUACUUCGUCUCAGAUGACUGUCCUGUGAAUACUUUCACGUUCUUCCAACCGCUCAUUGUAGGCCUGGGAUACCCGAUGCCUCGAUUAACAAUACCGCUCUCUGUGAUAUACUUUGUUGCGUUUGUGACGGAAUGGCUUCAUUACCUCAUAUCUCCCGUGUAUAACUUCCAACCUCUACUAACACGCACAGAGGUCUACAAAACUGGAGUGACGCAUUACUUCAGCAUUGAAAAAGCUCGAAAAGAACUUGGCUACUCCCCUACUAUUCAGAAUGAUUUGUCGGAAGUUGUCCGGCAUUAUAUAACAAUGGGUCGUCAGAAACAAACAAAGCCACCAUCAAGUUUUCUUUACUGGGUUAUAAACAUAAUAUUCAUGUUUAUGUUUGCUGCACUAAUUAUGUCUUUUAUACCUCUUGUAAAAUAGUGCUGUCACAACCCGUCACAACCCGUCAUAACUGGUAUUGUUAUAAGCUUGUGUGCACUUUUAAUAAAAGAAAAAGUAUUGUCAUAGUGAUACUGAUAAUUGAUCGCCACCAGAAGCAGAGUCAUGAACAGCUUUUACCUUUGGACAUAACACUUUUUUGUAAUAACAUAGCUGAUGACACAUAAUGUCAAGUAAGGCUGAAUUUGGUUUGAAAUUUUGGCAGAAAUCAUUGUGGAUUUAUGUCCCUUGACUGACUAAGAAUGAACAGAACAAGUUGGCAUCUGCUUGUAGAUUUUUGUUAAUUUUAAUAUUUAUUUGAUUCCAUUCUUAGGUACCAAUUUAAAUGCUAUUUUAAUUUUGUUGGUGAUAUUUUUGAUAAAUUCAUGAAAGCAAUAUCAGUGAGAUCUCAUGGUAAAACUCUAAAUAGGUCUUACAUUGACGAUUGGCUUUCCUUUACAUGCCUAUCAUGUAAGUUUUUAAGUAUUGUUGUCAUAUAAAAAUUAUACAAUCUAUUUGUAAUAAAUAUGAAUAUUUUAA